UUGGAGCAAACCCUGAGUAGCGAGUGAGGAUCACAGCAUGUCCAGCCAGGGCGAUGACUGCUACUUCUACUUCUACUCCACCUGCAACAAGUCCAUCACAAAAUUUAAUGUCGACGCUGCAGACGAUGAUGAGGAUGAUGAUGACCAACUCUCUGAAGAAGGAGAAGAAACCAAAACCCCGGUGCAGCCUCCGGCCCCAGAGAGCCACAACGGGCUCAGGGUGGUUUCCACCAGGAAACCCAACCCCAGUGCAAAACCAGAUGACAACUUAAAUUUUGGAAUCAAAACCUUGGAAGAGAUCAAACUGAAAAAACUCAAGGAAAAAGCCAAAAAACAAGGUGGUGAGGCGGAGCUGCAGCACGGCCACGACCGGGCACCCAGGAGAGGAACAGUUCAAGUGCUGAAGUCCCUGAAGGAGAGGCUGGGGCUGCCCUCAGAGCAGAGCAGCACUGAGACAGACCAAGCUGCCAAACCCAUCGAGGAGAUCAGAGUGAAAACCCUGGAGGAAAUCCGCCUGGAGAGAGCCAAGCAGAGGAGAGCAGGAGAACCCCCAGCCAAAAUCCCAGCAGAAGGAAGGAAAACUGAAGAACCAAAUUCAGCAGCCAAACCUUCCCCUGCUGCUCGCAGCAAAUCCCUGAUGGGAGCCUUGGUGGAAAAAAACCACAAAAGGUUGGGAGAGGAGAAGGAGAAAGCUGAGGAGUUGAGCAGCAGGGCCAGAAGCGAGGGAGAUGCCAGGAGACAGAACCUCGGUGCCCCAGCUGCUGGCAGGGUGCAGCUGGCACAGGCUGGCAGGGCCAGGGGAGCUGCAGAGGUUCGGAUCAAAACCCUGGAGGAGAUCAAGAGGGAGAAGGCGCUGAGGCUGCAGCAGAGCGGGGANAACGUGCCGGGCACCCCCGGCCCUGCCCAGGCUGCUGGGAGAGGCAGGAAACUGCUGAGGGUCACCAAGGUGCUGGCACCUGGAAGAGAAGAAAAAAUGAUUGUGGAGCUGAACAAACCUUCUGCCAAAAGUGGCUCUGCCCCUGCUGAGAAUUCAGGGAAUUCUGGAAUUCAGGUGAAGAGCCUGGAGGAAAUCAUGUGGGAGAAACGGCAGCAGAAACAGCGGCAGGAGGAGAAGCUGCAGCAGGGAGCUGGGGCAAACCCGGCCGAAAUCCAGGAAAAAAACCAGGAUAAAAAUAAAAACCAGGAAAAACCCUCAGGAUCAGGGAGCCCCGAGGCUGCUGUGGGCUCAGCCCAGCUGGGCAGGAGGAGAGGAGGGAAAAGCGGCGAGGAUGGAGCGGGAACUGCAGAGAAGGAGCCGGGGAAAAAGGGAGCUCAGCUGCCCGAGAGGAGGGGCAGAGCCAAGCCCAGGGUGUCCCUGCAGCCUCUGGACGCCAGAGCCCCUCCCAAGCAGCCCCUGAAGAGGAAGGGCCCCGAGUGCCCCCCGACUGUGGUGGCAGUGAAGCCUCUCAGUGCCACCAGCGGGCACAGCCCGGGCUGCCCAGCCAAGGUGAGGCCCCAAAUCCCCCCAAAAAACCCUGGAAAAUUGAAAUGUUCUCCAUUUCAGCAAUGCCCUUUUCACCCCACGGCUCUCAGGGGCAGCACAUUCCUGCUUUGGAGGCAUCUCCAAAAUUCCCUGCUGGGAUUUGGGAAUAUUUUGUCCUUUCCAAGGCAGAAAUUCCUUAAAAAAAACCCAAAUUCCUCAUUUCAGGAAUUUCAAGUGCUGAAGUCCCUGAAGGAGAGGCUGGGGCUGCCCUCNCACCAGGGGCAAUGCCAGCUUUGGGGGAAAGCAGUGCCAAAAUCCUACAGAGGAACCAAAAUUGCAAUUCAUGCCGCGCUGUCGGUGGAGGACGACUUUGAGAAACUCAUCUGGGAAAUCUCUGGGGGAAAACUGGAGGCAGAAAUCGACCUGGAUCCAGGCAAGGAUGAGGAUGCUCUGCUGCUGGAACUGUCUGAGAUGAUUGACAGCUGAGAGGGGAGGUUUUGUUGGAAAAAAAAAAGGAAAAAAGACGCGACACCAAAAAAAAAAAAACCACCCUGAAAAAGCAACAUUUUCUCCUCACCUCCCACAAAAAUCCUGUAAAUGUUGUUGGAUCUGUGGAGGAGACCCUGCCCCAGCUGGAAGCACAGUUGGAUUGUUUAGGAUUAGGCAGAGUCUGCUCUCUGUUAUCCCAAAAUUCCGGGCUGAGUUUGUCCCCCCACGGGACAGGACAGAGCACUUGGAACGCCCUGAGGGGCCACAGAUCCCAUCUCCAGAGCUCCCUCCUGCACAGAAAAUCCCCAAAAAAUCCCUGGAGUUACUGUGUCAACUCUGGGAGCCACGGAUGGACUCGCAUUUGGGGGGAAUUCAGGGAAAAAGAGGCAAAAUCUGAGCAGGAUUUUGGACCAAAGCCUGCCAGGGUGAGCCUGGCUUGUGGGAUUUUUUCCAUGGGGGAAAGCAAAAAUUCCUCCUGGGAUUUGGGAAAAGGAACAUUGCUUCAAGUGCCUCUGGGUUCUGAGGAUUUCUCCCUGCAAUGAACUUCUCACAUCCAGCUGGGAUCAUUUUGGGAGGGGAAAAAAGAAAAAGCACCCUGGAAUGUUCCCCCUUGGCUGCUUCCCUCUUUUCCAGCCCUUUGGAGAUGGGAUUGAGUGAAAUCCCCGUGGGGUUUUUCUUUUUUUUUUUCAAUUUGUUUUGAGAUUUGUUUUUGUUUUUUCUGUAAAUAUUUUAUUCUUCCAUUUUAUAUUUGUAUGAUUCUAUUUAAGGGAUUAAAGGUAGGCUGCUCACUG